UCAGAUGCCGUGGCAAUGGGCGGGACAUGUGUUACCGUUGCGAUUGGAAAGGCGUAUUGCUAUAUCAUACAGAACUUUCAAUCACAUGGGUGAACAAUAUUUUAGAAUACACAGCAGACAACAAAUCUGAACUCCCAAUUUACCAUCUGCAGGAAGUAACUGGAAGAAAAAUACUUAGUGAUGAACAUAACUUGGUACGUCCCAUAAUUGAGUUCCCAGAAUUAUCCAUUAAAGACUAUUCAAGGUCAAGCAUUGCUCAACACAAAAUGAUGUUUGCUUCAGGUGAGCAUCGGAUCUUAAAACAGAGACAAACGGUUGAGCUGGUGCCACUCACAAAAGUUAAAUACGAAUGGAAAGGCAAACCUUACUCCUUUUAUGUCUUUGGCAACGAGAAUAAAGUCUACAGCGAAGACUACCCUGCAAAAUGCUGCUGCUCAAUCUUGUGAAAAAGAACAAGUUUUAGUGACAGUCCCCUAUCAAACUAUAAAAGCUGUUCCCUGUUUUUAAUCUCUACAGCAUCUCUCUGAAUUAUUUUUGGGCAGGGACUAUGCAAAAAAGGAUGUUACUAUUUGUUCCAAAAGAAUGUGUCUCUAAUCCAUUAAUCAGCUGAAAAGUGAAGGAAACUAGUAGUUCUAAUGCACCUUGAAAUAGCAUAUUUGUAGUUCAAAUAUUUACCGUAUUUUUCGGAGUAUAAGACACACCUUUUUCCCUCCAAAAAGAGGAUGAAAAUUUGGGUGCAUCUUAUAUACUGAAUGUAACCCCACCCCCCACCACCAGCGGCCAAAAAUGUGAGAUAUGGAGGCAGCGAUGGUCUGUGGCAAUCCCUGCAGCCUAGAACAGCUGAUUGGGGGUAUUCUGGCAGUCUGAUCCAUCCGCCAAUCAGCUGUGCUAAAUCAGGCUGCAAUAAAUGUUGAAGCUGACCUGGGUGGUCAGAGACUGCAGCAGCAAUCACAUUCAGAAAGCACAGUAAUAGAUUCAGCAGGAUUCAAAAUAAUAAUAAUAAUA